AUGGCCCAGUCCAACGAACCCUCUACCCACAUUCCGCCUUUCGCAAAACAGCUCGCUCCUUACGUCAAGCCCCGUCAGGAAGCUCUCCGCAUCCGCCAGGCAUUGACGUCGUACCUGCGCUCCUUUAUCGUGUUCGCCGAUGAAACCGACCCCUCGAGUUACAACCAGUCUCACCUGGCCCUAUGCGCACCCACCGCGACCGAUGUCAAGCGCAUCCCUGCCGAUCUCCCGGGCCUCCGAAAGGAAUACUUGAAGGCACUGCAGGCUAAUGUCGCCGCCCGGAAGGACUACCGCGCAGUGUCUGAGGACAUCGUGGCCCUACGACGUCAGAAACGUCAGCGGGCGCCUAAGAGCCGCCCUGUCGAGACGGUCGAUCCGCAGGAACCCGGAGAUCUGCAAGAAUAUCUUCAGCUCCUACGUGAUCGGCGGCGGCAUACCAAGCUUCAGGUGUUUCAGCACUACCUAGAAGAGUUGAAAGCGAAAGAAGCGGAUAGAUUGGGAGAUAUAGAUACCAGGGAAAGUUCGAGUCAACAACAACAACAGCAAGUUCUGCACCAAACAGAGGGAGUCAAUGCACCUAUGUCAAAUCGCAAUGGCGGCGGCGCGGAUUUAGAGGACCUGGUACACAAACUUGAAAGGGCGGUUGUGCGUGCUCGAACUCGACUGGACCAGGAGAGACGUUUAUUCGAGAAAGUCAAGGUACAGCAGGCCUCGAGGAAUGAGGCGUCUUCAGACGAGGUCCCUCUGAAAAUACGAGCAUUGCAACGGACACGCGAUGAGCUAGUACAAUGGGUUGAGGAACGACUAGUCACUGAAGGUGAUCCGGAUGAAAGUCUCAUCCAAGACCUCGAUCCCGAGGAAAUCGAAGAUGCUCAGCGACUGCUAGAGUACCAGAAGGUACAAAUCAGCGAGCAAUAUGCUCUAUAUCUCCAAGCGCGGCGAGAUCUCCUCGACGCGGCCUCUCGUGCUUGUCAGCCUGUGGCCGUGACCGCACCCUCGAAACUUCCCACUCGACCAACCUAUAAACCCGAGCUUUUCUCAGAAGAAAUCCCAGCGCCAGACCCACUAGACGUUCUAUCCUACACCAACGAAACCCUCCUACCACUGUCUAAAAGCCAAAAGGCCCUCGCCCUCCAGAAAUCCUACCUCACCGGACUCCUCGCCAAAGAAAAAUCCACUACUCUGCGCGCGCUCCACCGUCUAUCUGACGAAAGCCACCUCCUCCCCGAAUACCCCAUCCUCGCCCGACAACCACGCUUCAAGCACGCCGUUGCAGCCCUCAACCCCCGCCAUUCCCCCCAGUCCACCGACCAGCCCGACAAAGUAGUCGAUCUGGCCGAAGCAUGGGCGUUUGCCUCUGACGCCGCGGCAGCCAAUGAGCGAGACUAUGUACAGCAAAAGGUCAUGCUGGGGAUGGAGGUUGCGCAGGAUGCGCGGAAGUUGCUGGAUGAUGUUUAUGGAACUCUCAAUCAGGAUCUGGGUGGUGCUGAGGGGGAUCCAGAUGUGUCUGAUAUCUGGGCCUCUGAGGCUCGGUCAACGCGUAAGGCUGGGAUGGGCUUGUCGGGCGGGUCUCGAUUGGAGAAACGGCCGAAGGGUCCUUGGUCUGGCUUGAAUGGGCGUGUUGGAGUUGAGUGA